UAAAACUUGGCUAGAGUUUUUCUUCAUCACUUGUGUCCAUCAUGACAAGUUUAUUUUCUGAACUUGUUCUAUUUCUCUUUUGCAUCGGGUUGUCCUUCACAGUGACCAGUGAAUCCAGUUCAGGCGUCCAAGCAUUGAAUGUCCACUGCAGAGAAAGCGAGCAGAAAGCACUUCUCAUGCUCAAAGAUGGAUUUCACACUUCUUUGGAUCGUUUCUCUUCAUGGGUACCUGAAGAAGAUUGCUGCAAGUGGAAAGGUGUUGGUUGCAACAACGAAACAGGCAAUGUCAUCUCUCUUGAUCUCCACAGCCCAGAUUCUACUGAUCUCUUGCAAGGUGAGUUGAGAGAUUCUUUGCUUCACUUGCCAUAUCUAAGUCAUCUAGACUUGAGCCACAAUGAUUUCUACCAAACUGUAAUUCCUGAGUUCAUUGGUUCACUUCCAAAUUUAAAAUAUCUGAACUUGUCUCAUUCCAAUUUUAGAGGGACUAUUCCCCAUCAUCUUGGAAACUUGUCUAGUUUGCAGACUCUUGACUUGAGCAAUAAUCAAUCUUCUCUUAGGGCCAGCAGGCUUGAUUGGCUUUCGGGUCUCUCUUCACUGAAAGUCCUCGAUCUGAGUAGUGUAUAUCUUUUCGAUGUAGUUAACUGGCUAGACGCAGUCAAUAUGCUACCUUCUUUGGUAGAGCUGCGUUUAGUCUCUUGUCAACUUCGUAACCUUCCACAAUCUUUGCCAUCUUUGAAUUUUUCUUCUCUGGAAGUCCUUGACCUCUCCUACAAUGGCUUUUAUCAUUCUUUGAUUCCGAACUGGUUGGUUGAGGUUAGCCAUAGUCUUCGUCUUCUUAAUCUCACAACCUGCUGGUUGCAGGGCUCCAUUCCCCAUACCAUUGUGAAUUUUACAUCUCUAGUUGUACUUGAUUUCUCAUACAACAAUAUCACCGGUUCUAUUCCUCAUGGUUUUGGGAACAUGACAUCUCUUGCUGUUCUGGAUCUCUCAUUCAAUGAUCUUGAAGGUUCAUUACCAGCAACCUUAGGUCUGAUUCAGGAAUCGCACCACUUCAAAUAUUCACCCUUGCGAGAAAUCCGUCUUUCCAACAAUCUUUUGUUGAAUGGGUCUUUAGAAAGAAUCCUUCCUCAACUUUCAGAAUUAUUUGUCCUGGAUGUUGCUGGGAAUGAUUUGGAUGGUGUGAUCACUGAAGCUCAUUUACAGGAUUUCAGUAGAUUGCGGGUACUUGACUUGUCAUUCAAUUGGUUAAUUUUUAAUCUGAGCUCAAACUGGAUUCCUGAUUUUCAACUUGAGUACAUAAAUUUGGAAAAUUGCAAAAUGGGCCCACGAUUUCCCCAGUGGCUCCAAAACCAAAAGAAAAUUUUGAAACUUGAUAUGUCUAGGGCAGGAAUAUCAGACACUGUACCUGAUUGGUUUUGGGAUAUUUCUCCAUCGAUGGAGGAAUUGGAUCUUUCUUUCAACCAGCUUAGAGGGGAAUUACCUAAUUUAUCAUCAUGAACAAGCUGGUUGAGAGUGAUUUUAAGAGGAAAUGAAUUCGGGGGUCAUCUGCCUCAAUUCCCCCCAACAAUAGAAGUGAUAGAUUUAAAGGACAAUCAAUUUUCAGGACCAAUUUCUCCCAUAUGUGAUAUGAUGAAUGAAAGUAAUGCAUUACGUAUUCUCAAUUUGCCUGGGAAUUAUCUAUCAGGAAGCCUUCUAGAUUGUUGGAUACAUGGGCAAAAUUUGAUUUAUCUUAAUUUAAGAAGCAACCAAUUGUCUGGUCAAAUCCCUAAGUCAAUUGGCCAUCUAAUUAACCUCAACUGGUUAUUUUUGGAUUAUAAUAACUUGUCUGGUGAGAUACCUCAAUCCUUCCAGAAUUGCACAAGUUUGAUUUUUCUGGAUCUUGGGAACAACUCACUAUCUGGGAGCAUACCGACAUGGUUGGGGGAAAGUUUAGAGAAUCUGCGGGGGAUUUCGUUACAUCAUAAUGCUUUCAAAGGAAAUAUACCAUUGCAGCUUUGCCAAUUGAGAGACCUAUCUUUCUUGGACUUCUCUUUCAAUUCACUAUCAGGGCCUAUUCCACUAUGCAUCAAUAAUUUUUUUCCAAUGGCUGAGAAAGAAGCUGAAAUUGUUCAAGAAGCUUUUUCUAUAUAUCGGUAUGAUCGCCUAAAAAGCCGCAUGUGGAAAUUAGGAAUUAAUUAUUUCUUGGACAAGUCUAUGGAUCUUUCACAUAACAUGCUAAGUGGGGAGAUCCCAAGAGAAGUUACAACCUUAAUUGGAUUGACGCAUCUAAAUCUUUCCAACAAUUAUCUGAAGGGAGCUAUUCCUUGCGAUAUUGGAGUCAUGAAAUCCUUAAAUUCUCUAGAUUUAUCAAGCAACCAGCUUUCUGGCACCAUUCCUUCCGGCAUUUCUGAUGUAACUUAUCUUGAAGAGUUGAAUUUGUCAUAUAACAAUUUGUCUGGGAAAGUUCCCUCACCCAAUAAUUUUAGUGCACAUGCAUUUAUCGGAAAUCAUAAUUUAUGCGGUCCUCCACUUACAAAGAAUUGCUCUGCAAAUGAGUCACUGGAAAAAACAGAAUGCAACAGUGACAGGAAAUCAGAAGGCCAAAAUGAUGGAAUUCAAGAAAAGGAACAUAGGCAUGGAUUUGACCCUUUCAAGGAGAAGCCUUCGUUCUACAUCAGUGUGGCUAUUGGAUUUUUUACGGGGUUUUGGGGAUUUUGGGCUACUUUAGUCUUCUGUAAAUCAUGGAGGCAUGCCUACUUCUGUUUCUUGGGCAACAUGGGUGACAAAAUUUGUGUGUGCGUUGUAGUUACCACGGCUAGGCUGCGAAGGAAAUUUCAGAGGGAUCAAGUUGUUGAGUGAGAGUUCAAACUCCUAGAAAUUGUGUGCUUAAAAGGGACUUGAAGAUAUAUGUUUCCCAUGACUGCAAUCAGUUGGCUGAGAAAUAUAUAUAUUUCAGUGGAAGAAAUGCUAGUGGAAUAAAAGCUUGCUUCAAUCAUGUAACUUUGCCAGAUGAUAUCAGCUUCAGCUUCCUUGUUACCAUUCAGUUAGCUACUUAUGUGCUACUUGUUAAAUUGUUCUGUUUCACACUCUCUGUUACGGACAGAUCUUAUUCUGGUGUUUUGUUUGCUCUAUUUAUAGUCUAUUUAAAGCAGGCUUGUACUUGUGCUAAAUUGGGUAAAUGAAUUAUUUUUCUGGUUA